AGCCGUUUAGGGGUGGCCGGGUGGGACGCGCAGCUCCACACAGCUCUCGCCGGACAACGGUCAGAAUGCUCCUUACGGAGGAGGACCUCGCCGCCGCGCCGGUUGCAAUACAAGCAAUUCUAUCUACCUCUCCUGUUCUAACCUCCAACAUCACAGCAUGCCGCCGCCGGCGGCGGCUUGCAGGGGCGUAGUUAGGGUACUGGGGAUUGCUGUUGCCGAAGAGGCAGACCCGCGGGCGUGCGUGUGCUCCGCCGCGCCUAUGCCCAAACCUAGGUGGGGAUUCCAAAUAAAUCCCGAUUCGAGAUAUCAUCGAGGAGAAACUGAGAGAAUGAAUGCCACAAUCUUAGCGGGAAGGAACACAGGAACUUUGGCUAGAGGCUAUUCGAAGAAACUCAAGAUUGCUGUGCCACAAAAACCAGGUUUUAGAGCUUUUGUGAAUGCAACUGAUCAAGAAAUCACUGGCUACUGCAUUGAUGUCUUUGAGGCAGCUUUGAAGAAGCUACCAUAUGAUCUUGAUUACGAGUUCAAUGUCUUUAUCGGCUCAUAUGACCAGCUCGUGCACAAUGUCACUUCAGGGAAUUUCGAUGCAGCAGUGGGUGAUGUAACCAUAACUGCUGAUCGAGCUGUCCAUGUGGACUUCACAAUGCCAUACACCGAGUCUGGCGUUUCACUGCUUGUGCUCACCGAGAAUGACUCUGAAUCAACAAUCGAAUGGGUAUUCUUAAAGCCACUAACGACCGAACUUUGGUUAGCAACUGUUGGUGGCUUCUUAUUCACUGGCCUAGUUGUGUGGUUGAUAGAGGGGCCCAGAAACCAGGAGUACCAAGGGUCGAGUUCGAGACAGCUCAGCACAGCUCUCUACUUCUCUUUCUCGACUUUGACAUUUUCUCAUGGUCAAAUCAUUAGAAGCCCUCUGUCAAAAGUUGUUGUGGUGAUAUGGUGCUUUGUUGUGCUAGUUCUAGUGCAGAGUUACACUGCUAGCUUAUCAUCCAUUCUAACCGCAAAGAGGCUCCGGCCCUCAGUGACAGAUCUUGAUCACCUCCUGUUAACUAAUGACUAUAUCGGAUACCAAUCUGGAUCAUUUUUGCACUCGGUCUUGACAAAUCAAGGUUUCACUGGAAAGAGGUUAAAGGCCUAUGGAAAGAAAGAAGAAUAUGCUAACGCUUUGAGGAAGGGGUCCAUGAAUGGAGGAGUGUCGGCUAUUGUUGAUGAGAUCCCCUAUAUAACAUCUUUUCUCUCUGACCCUCGAUACCAGAAGGAAUUCCAGAUGGUUAAGCGCAUAUACAACACACCUGGGCUUGGUUUUGUAUUUCCUCAAGAUUCUCCACUGGUGCAUAAUCUUUCAGUUGCCAUCUUGAACCUGACAGGCGGAGGCGAGGGCGCACGAAUUGAAGCAAAAUGGUUAGUCACACCGCCACCGUUGCAGAGUUAUGGCAUCGCCAACACAGAUUCGGCACCUCUCACUUUGCGAAGUUUCUCUGGUCUCUUCAUCAUCACUGUAUGUAUCUCAGGUCUCAUGCUGUUGAUAAGCAUUGCCACGUUGGUUCAUGCCAAAUACACCAAAGUGAGAGAUUCUGAAAUGCAGAGUGCCGAUGGGGAUGGUGAAAGUGAAGGCGGCGUAGCAUCUAGUCCAGGGCAGAACGACAUGGGCAAUGGGUCUAUGACUGCUCAACCCCACCAUGAAGCCAGAAAUGAUGUUCCCCAGGGUGUCCAUGGCAGCAGCGGAAGUGUUGGUGACGAUGAGCCCAAUGGCUCUGUGCCCGCGCACUCCAUCCAGAUCGAGAUGAGCAGUACUGACUGAGAUGCCAACACUGUUCUGUAUAGCCUUGCAUUGAAGAAACAGAAGACUAGUAUUCUAGAAUAUUUUUUUUUGCCAAUCUACUAAUGAGUGUCGAAGCUCAGGGGUGAUGGGUGCCUCAUUGCCGGUUUCCAUGGCGGUGAGGCUUUGCUUUCCAAACCAUAUAAUUUAGUUAGGAAUUACAGUUUUAGUGACUGAUGCGCAGAUUAUCAUCUGAAUUGGUUGUCAUCUGGUCUUGUUUCUUGAAGAGUAUAGACCACCAGUCUACUAGGAUCUUAUUAGUUGCCUGAUUGUUAAACACAUUUGUCUGAUUUAUACCUUGGGGCAGUAACCACACAGUAAAACUCAGGAUCGAAGUUUCUCCAA